UGAUGUCCCUCUCUCUGCCCCAGGAUGGGGACGUGUGGGGUGCAGUGCUGCUGCUCUCCUGCUUCCUGCAGGCCGGCCUGGUUUUUGGGACCCUUCGCUCGUUUGGGGUAUUUUUCCCGGAGUUUGUGGAGUAUUUUGAUUCGGCUGCGGGGAGCGUGUCCUGGGUGACGUCCUGCGGAGUGGCCGUGCAGCAGCUAAUGAGUCCCCUCGGCUGUGCGCUCGCCUUGAGAUUUGGUCCCCGACCAGUUAUUGUGUUGGGGGGGCUUCUUGCCUCCCUGGGGAUGUUUUGUGCCUCUUUUGCCACCAGCCUCUACCAGUUGUACCUGUGCAUUGGGGGCUUGUCAGGACUCGGUUGGGCUUUGAUAUUCUCCCCCUCGAUGGCCACCGUGACGCGCUAUUUCUCCCGGAGGCGUUCGCUGGCGACGGGCUUUGUUCUGACUGGGGUGGGCACCCUGUCGUUUGCCAUGAGCCCCCUGUUGCAGUACCUCAUUGAAGAAUACUCCUGGCGGGGGGCAAUGCUGCUGCUGGCCGGCCUCACCCUCCACUCCGUGCCGUGUGGAGCCGUCCUUCGGCCCCUGCCGGGGGAAGCGUCCGGCGAAACGCGCUCCUUUCUGUGGGGCUGCGAGCUGCUGUGCGACGGGCCCUUCCUCCUCUACUGCCUGGCCAUCACCCUCAUUAACACCGGAUACUUCGUGCCCUUUGCCCACCUGGUAGCCCACAUGCAGGCGAGGGGAGCCGGCGAGCGGCAGGCGGCCCUGAUCAUGUCGCUGGUCGGGGUGGCCGACGUGGGAGGGCGACUGUUUGCCGGCUGGCUGUCCGAUCUCACGCCCAAACGCAUGCUGCCCCUUCUCAGCAUGUGGACAGGGGUGACGGCCGUGGUCCAAGCGCUGCUGCCAUUGGCCAGCGGACUGGUGGAGAUGGGCGCGGCCGCGGUGGCCUUUGGGUUCUGUGCCGGGGCCCUGACCCCGGGGGUGUUCGCUGCCCUCCCCGGAGUGGUGGGGGAACAGAAAGUCCUACCUGCCCUGGGACUGCUGCAAAUGGUGGAAAGCGUAGGAGGCCUCGUCGGAGCCCCCAUAUCAGGGUGGCUGCGGGACCUGACCGGUAACUUCUCCCUGUCCUUUGCCGUUUCCGGGGCCUUCCUCCUCGCCGGUUCCCUCAUCCUUCUCGCUCUGCCUGGAAUCUGCUGUAGGAAGCGGACUUACAAAUUCGUACUGAAGACAAGUCAGAGGUCAGGGCCGAGGGACUUGCCCCUGAGCAACAGCACUGACCAAUCAGGAAGCGGAACACAAUGUGACCCAUCCCCAAAGGAUUGCUCCGACUGGUUAGAGAGCAGAGCAGAAAACGUCCUGCCCCCAAGGGAUUCUACUAGCCAAUCAGGGAGCAGGGCAGAACAUAACUUGCCUCAGGGGAUAGCACUGACCAGUCAGGGAGCAGGACCAACAAAGACCUGCCCACAAGGGGCUGCACUCCCUUCGUGACAAGCGGGGCAUUCUUCUCCAGAGACUGAAGAGCUUGCUGUGAGGUGCGACGCCGCUGCCUGUGGUAUAGAUCGUGGCCCUUGGAGGUAAACGCCGCGCCCCACGGGUUUCUAUUUUUUAACUUUUUUACUGAAACCAAAAACAGGUAAUUAGAUAAGAUUUGUCUUUAAUCAGGCGGGGGGGGGGACGCCUGGAACUUCUUACGGAGCUUCCUCUGGUCCGUCACGGUUUUAAUGCCCCCAGGCGGGGCGGUUGUGAUCCUCGCUUACAGGGUGCUGAGCCGCAUGUCAUGGCUUCUGCGGGAGAGCUUCUCUGGGGCGUCUGAAGCCAUGAGAGAGAAGUCGCGGAAUAUGUCCAUGAACGUCUCGUCUCCUGCGGGGCGAGAAGACGGAACGUACCAUAAGAGCAAAAAAAAAAAGAACGCCGGCCGGAGGCGCGCGUACAAAUCGCCGCCCGUAGAAGGUGCCGCCCACCGCCCCUCACCUGCUUGUCCAUGCGCGAGGUCGCUGUCUCUCAUCUUCACCAAGCGCAGCCUAAGGGCGAGAAGCAUGGGUUAGAAACGGCAGCAGCGAAAUAAAUUCAUUCCCGUUAA